UUUUACUCUCACAGUGACGCAUUGACAUGGCUUUCAAGAGAAUGUUUUUCUUCCUAUCACUAUGUGUGGUUACCCUAGACCAACCUGAACUCAACUCCGCAACUCCGAACGAUGACGACCAGCGUCAUCGUUUAGAUCAGUGUUCUCUGUCUAGCAUAACCAAAAUUUAUGCAAAAAGUGGCCAUCUCGUUGUUCAUAAGGAAAGUUUGUUUGUCGCCAAUUGUGUAUGCGGAGGAACGUCGAACACUCCAAUCACGUGGACAGGGAAUGCUGUAGACAACGGACGUGGUAGUAGUCAAAUUGUCACGUUUGGUAGAUCGAAAUACAAAUUGCCGAACGUGUCUACGAGCGACGAAGGACAUUUGUGUUGCGUUCAGGGCGAGCACUCGGCAUGUCUCUACUUGCUAGUCGUCGAUGCGCCCGUCGUCACCCUGUCCUAUCGAAAUCACGUGACGUGCAAGAAUGAAACUUCAGGCAAAGCUACGAACGCUGUCUCCAUUCAGUGUAAUGUUUCAUCACACGUCGAGCAGGAUCUCACUCAAGGUUUUAUGCAAGUAUACAUCAAUGACGUCGGGACGGUAAGCUACGAUCAAACGCCGUCAAAGAGCACUUUCAAAGAUCUAUCGGGAAAUAGUGUGUACACUAAGGCAUUUGAGUUUCGAGAAGAAUUGCGUGAUGGUGACGUUAUGGAUUGUCGAUGGAUUCGCGAAGAUGGCAAAAUAGUAAAGUCGAAGGUUCAGCCAGUGGUAAAAUUUCAUACGUGUUCUGUGCCAACUGUCUCUUUCACGACAAUUGCUGCUUCGACUGUUGGAUCAACGAACAGCACGACAGCAGCUAUGACUAGCCAAAAUGAUGGUCUCAUCAUUGGCUUGCCUGUAUCGUUCAUUGUAAUUGUGCUGCUUUUUCUACUGGCAUAUCGUUUUCGAAAAAAAAUCAAACAUAAAUUGGUCGAGAUAAGAGAAAGAUGGUCUCAACCGAUGAAUGAUUUACAAACAACAAACCAAAACGAGAACCAUAGAGAAGAAGAGUCGGCGACGGUGGGUUUAGGUUUAUCAGAUGAUGAUGAAGGUCUUGAAGGGUUGCCAAACCAUGCAACUACAGAGACAUCAAGUCACUUGCCACCUUCAGACAGUUCUCCACUAGUAGGUAAUUGCCUAAACCCAAUUUCUGAGACAGAGACAGGUAGUCCACCUACUAGUGAAAUACUCAACGAGACUGAGAAUAAUGCAAGUCCUAGAAGAAAUACAUCAAUUGACAAAGAAUUUCAAUCACCUGAGCAACAUGAAGAAAACACAUUAGAAGUGUCACUAUAUCAUUCUGCAAAUGAAACACUGACUGAAAAGCAGUUAACUGACGUUGCUCGCAAAGCAGUUGUGAUUAACAACAGAACUGAAUUUUUUAAAGUCCUAGAUGGAAAAAUGUUUUCCAUGGCGACCAUCAAAAGGAUACAAGAAGAAGAACACGGGAAACCAUUGGACCAAACUCAAGUCAUGCUUGAGAAGUGGCACAACAAGAUGGGCAGACAGGCAACUCGCCGUAAAGUAAUUAAAGCAUUGUUAGAAAUUGGACUAACAAAACCUGCGUGUGAUAUAUUUGGAGACAAGUUAGUAGAGUUUGUUAGGAAAACUAAAUGAUUAUGUAGACGCUAGAGGUCAUCUUAGACUAAGUGUAUGUUUGACAUUCAAAAACUAAAGAUCGAUGUAUGCAUGAAUCAACACUCGAUAUACUAUCUGUAUCCAAACAUGCAAAAUUAUACGAGCAAUGUACAUUAAACUCA